AUGUCCCGCGGAAACCAGCGCGAAAAGGCCCGCGAGGCCAACCUCAAGAAACAAGCAGCCAUUAAAAAAGGGCAUGGUAUGAGCGGCAGCGAGCUGGCCAAGGCAAAGGAGAUCGCGGCGCAGAGGAUGCGCGAGAAGCAGGCUGCCGGUAUG